UCUAACCCAAACAAACCCAAACAUCGAACUGAGCUCUAACCCAAACAUCGAGCUCAAACAUUCAAAGUCCGCGCGCCGUAUAGUUCGCGUAAAUGCCGAUAGAUGGCGAUUUGGCUAGUGGGAUCUCUCGUGUGCGAAGCCUCGGCUGGACGAGCAUAUAAGGCGGCGAGUAUCGCUUGGAUUUCAGAGAAUUUCCAGGAGCGACAAUGGUGUACAACAAGGUGUGCUUGUGCGGCAUGCACGAGUGGGAUCCCCGCUUCGGCCGGCAGGUGCUGGACCUCCCGCUGCCGGCAUUUGCGGGGAUUGAGGAGCCACCACCCGCACCAGCACCAUCCCCAGCAUCAGCACCAGCACCAUCACCAGCACCAGCACCAUCACCGGCACCAGCAUCGGAGGAGGGGAAAAGGUCUAUCCUCGAGGACGACCUCUUCCUCUCCGAAGAUGAUAACCCUCCCGCUCCAAAAAUGAAGCAGCCCUCAGGGGAUGUUAAAAGAAAAUCAAUUCUUAUCCCUCCCCUGAAGGCUGCUCCAUCUAGGAAGAGGGUGCGUAUUAUCGUACCCAAGGGCCCUGCUAAAGAAAACGCCGACCCUUGGGUACGCAAAAGCACAGCACCGUUGAGACCACCCACUACGGCUCAACGGUUGCUUAAAUGUAUUAAAAAUAUUAAAAAAAUUUAAAAAAAAAAUGUAAAAAAAUUUAAAAAAAUAAACGGUCGUCAAAAAAGCGACCACCCAAACAAACUGAGCCUCAAUUCUUUUUUUACCACUUUUAUUCAAAGAGAAUUUACAUUUUCGAUGGAUGAAAAGUCACACUGGGCAAAAUAGUCUUUCAACGUCGUCGUCGUUUCGGGGAUGCACUCGGUAGAGUCCGCUUGCCGUCGGAGGAGGAGCCAUGUUUUCAGCGCGCACGCGUUGUUCACCGCGCAGUGGGAAGGAUUCCAUCCGCUCUUGUGAUUGGUGCACGAGUCGGUGGCGUUCGCGGUCAAUUGACGGAGCGAUGGGCAGGCAAUGUCGUCGAGAUUGUAGACCCGGGGUAGAAUUUUCUCGAGACAUCUCUUCUUCUCGAACCCCUUCACGUACACCUUGCUGGCGUCUCGUAGUCUGCUGAAGAAGAUCUCGUGCGCCUCGUCAUAGGGCACGGUGCCGCUGUUCCAGUUGAGCCCAUGAUAGUUUUCCUCCAACCACCGAUUCUCGCUCUGGUACUUGGCCGGUAGAUAGCUCCAUCUGUGCGGCGACUCGAACAAAUAGACCGACGGCUGGGCAUCGUCUUCAAGAGCAACCAUCGCCACCUCCUUGUAGACGAACUCGUUGAAGGGUCGCUUGAAGCCCUGGAAGUCCACCACGAACUCCAUCCUCGAACUGAUGCUUGCGAGUGGAUGCUCGCCUCUUUUAUACCUCCCACCUGCGUUGCUCUUUACCCCCACGCUCAGCAGCCAAUCGUUGCUCUCUACAGUCCCACCUCAUUGCUAUCCUGGAACUUUCUGGAAGCCUCCCACCUACGGUGGCUGACCAAUCGUUGCUCGCUCCUCCCCCACCACCCAACCAGUCGCCCGGGUAUAAAUUCGGGGCCCGUCGACCGAGAUGGCACAGUUCACUCGAGCACAAUGUCAGCACAAGACUGCAGAGAUAUCGUUGCAAGCUGGGAGGAGGUGUUGCAGCUACUGAAGGAUCGAGAGCCCAACGUCAUUCAUGAAUGGAUCAAACGAUUGAAAA